GUUCUGUUAGAGAAAUACUUUUAGAAAAAUAGAAAAUCUAAAACAUUUCAACGUUUUUGAUGAAAUCUUAUAUUCAGAAGUGUUUUUAAAGUAUUCUGGAACUAGAAUGGCUGAAGGAGGAAUCCAAAAACAGAAUGAAGCAAGUUCAUCUUCCGAAACUGUGACACAGUCGGGACAAUCAACUGUAGUACUGAAGUUACGCAAACCAGAAACAAGCCGGCAAGUACAGUGGACUCAAGAUACAGUAGAUAAUGAAUUCAUGGGAAAGAAAAAGUCAAAGUGUUGUUGUAUAUAUGAGAAGCCAAAGCUGUUUGGUGAGUCAUCAGAUGAAGACAGUGACCAUGAUGAUUGUACAGGACACUGUAGAGGACACAAAAAGAAAUGUUUCAGAGAUCAUAAUGACAAGACUGAACAUGCAGAAGAAGGAGGUGAAAGUCAUGAUCCAGCACCUCCUCAAGGAACUUAACAGUAACGCAUUUCACACUUGCCAUACAUUCAGCACUACAACUCUACUGCAAUAGGCCUAAUGAAUGAAUCAGCAGAUUGUUAUAGGCUACAUUGCCACGUGUAAAUGAGAGAAUUCAAUGGGAAAAUAUAAAGAUAGCACUUGUGUUCUGAAGAAUUAUCAUUAUACAUAAUUAUAAUUAUAAAUUAUAUAUAAUGUAUUUGGAAUAGGCCUCAUAUGGCAUUGAAGUUCUUCAUAAGUAUGACAAGGCUCCAUUACAAAUAGGCCUCAAAUAUAGGAUUCAAUUAGACUAGGUCUCAUGUGGCUUCAUCAGAAUUGGCCUUAUAUUGGCCUUGUAUAUGGCAGCCCCAUAGCCAGCUUUUGUCAAUGGGUUUCACUUUUCCAAAAAUUCCAGGGAGGUUCAUAUUUGACCACUUUGGCCCAAA